UAGAAUGGCGUCCCCGAGAACGGACCGCUCCUUCACAAACACUCACCCGCCUUGCUGCCAGUCAGCGUUUCCUGCGUUCGUGAGUUAUAUGACCGUGAUACGGUGCCACACCUGUGCCAGGUUAUGUAAGCGCCUGGCUGUCCCCCGCCCCCGCUGGGGCGGAUGGCGGGGCGCGCAGGCCCGGCCUGCGUGUCAGGGACGAGGGUCACUCCUGCAGUUUUGGGGAGUGACCCCGUGCAGGGGUGGGGACGCACAGAAACGCUGGCGGGGAGGAGUCACGUCUACAGUGGGUGCCCGGGCCGCCCCGGCGCUGGCAGGACGGCGGGGCUCCUGGGCUGCCGGGACUUGGAGGAGGUGCCCGUGGCUCCCGCAGACGCCUGUGGCCUCCGUCCCCCGGGCCGAGCGGACAGUGACAGCCCGUCCGCUUACUUCACUCCUGUCAUCCCAGAGGAAGAUGAAGGCGCGCGCGCCCCCGCCCCCCGGGAAGCCCCCCACCCCGACGGCGCAGAGGGGACAGAGCCCCCACCGCAGCGCGUCCCCCGCCCGCCCCCAGAACCUGCUGCACCUGCAGGAGAACCUGCGCGACAGGGCGCUGGACCUGACCGUGGUGCUGCCCAGCGGGCUGGAGAAGAGGAGCGUGGUCAGCGGGAGCCACGCCAUGAUGGACCUCCUGGUGGAGCUGUGCCUGCAGAACCACCUGAACCCGUCCCACCACGCCCUCGAGAUCUGGUCUCCGGACUCCCAGCAGCCUUUGAGUUUCAAGCCAAACACGCUGGUGGGGACCCUGAACGUGCACACCGUGUUUCUGAAGGAGAAGGUGCCUGAAGAGAAGACGAAGCCCAGCCCCCCCAAGAUGCCCGAGAAGUCCGUGCGCCUGGUGGUGAACUACCUGCGGACGCAGAAGGCCGUGGUGCGCGUGAGCCCCGAGGUGCCGCUGCUCAGCAUCCUCCCGGUCAUCUGCGCCAAGUGCGACGUGCGCCCGGAGCACGUGGUGCUGCUCAGGGACAACGUGGCCGGCGAGGAGCUGGAGCUCUCCAAGUCCCUGAGCGAGCUGGGCAUCAAGGAGCUCUACGCCUGGGACAACAAGAGAGCUCUCCUGAGCAAGACUCAGUCGGAGCCUUCCCUGAGCUGCCGAGAGCCCUUCAGAAAAGCGUCCCUUGGCAACGACGAGACAGAUAAGGAGAAGAAAAAGUUCCUCGGAUUCUUCAAAGUCAGUAAAAGAAACCACAGCAACAAGGCGGAGCCCCCCGGGCUGGCGGGAGCGGACAGCGACGAGGACACCUCGCGGCCGGCGCCCGGCCAGGGCUCGAACGGCUGUCUGACCACGCCCAGCUCCCCGUCCGUGAACUCCCGCUCCGGCACGCUGGGCCCGUCCCUCUCGCUGAGCAACAUCUCCGGCGUGUCCGUCCGGUCGGACCUGAAGAAGCGCCGCGCCCCGCCCCCUCCGGCCCUGCCCGGGGCGGCACCUCCAGUGCACGACAAGGCCUCGGAGAAGAUGUCGCUGGGGUCGCAGACGGACCUGCAGAAGAAGAAGAGGCGGGCGCCGGCACCCCCGCCGCCCAGCCCCCUGGUGCCCCCGCGCACCGAGGGCCGGGAGGAGCACCGGAAGAGCACGACGGGUGUUGGACGGCAGGUGCCACAAAAGCCGCCCCGAGGCACUGCUCGGGGGCCCCCCCAGUUAGUGCUGCCCCCGCCCCCGCCCUACCCUCCUCCCGACACAGACGCGGCAGAGCCUCUCGGCCUCCCCGGGGAAGGCGCCGCUCCCGAGGCCUGCGAGCCGAGACCCACACUGAGCCUUCCCCUGGGGCCCGGCGGGCCCGGCGGCGUGGACAGGGUCCCGCCGGCCACCCCGGACGCCGAGGAGACGGUGUCGGUCGGCAGCUGCUUCGCCUCGGAGGACACGACGGAGGACUCGGGCGUGGUGAGCUCCCCCUCCGACAUCGUCUCCCUGGGCUCCCAGCACGACAGCACCAAGUCCAGAGAGAAGUGGGCCACCGACCAGGAGGACGGCAGCGACCAGGACCUGGCCAGGCCCCCCGAACCGGGCGCUGCGAAGAGCCCCACGUGGGAGAGGAACGGCACCGGGCCCUGGCACUCGGGCGCUGAGAACGCUGCUGCAGCCUCCGAGGACGACAGAGACCUGCUUGUCACCGCCAGGCGGCUGGAGCCAGCCCGGGCGGACCUGGACGGGGACCCAGAAGACGGGGAGGAGAACUAUGAGACGGACACCAGCUCUCUCGCCGGCUCCGUGGACGGCACGUCCGGGCGUGGCACGCAGGACACCGACCCUGACGCCAUCCCGGUGACCUUCAUCGGGGAGGUGGACGACCCCGUGGAGUCCGGGCUGUUUUCCAACAGGAACAACAACGCUGGGUCUUUCGACCGGGGGCGUGCUGCCGGCGGGCCGGCCCACCUGCCGCCGGCCCCAGGGGGGCCCCAGGAGCAGCGUGGGCAGCAGAGGGUGGGCGGGUCGGGUGCGGCUGCUCCUCCCCGAGACGCCGGGAGGGACGCCCGAGCGGCCUGGGCCGACACCGGCAGAGACACGCAUCCCGUCAAAGCGGAGCCCUGGGUGACUUCCCAGCUCCGCCAGCGCGCCCCCAGUGCGCAGGAGACAGGCGGGGAGCCCGGCUCUGCUCUUGGCGGGGGGGCACGGACCACCGAGGCCGUGAGCACUCCGCCACGGAAGGAGAAGGACAGUGACGAGGAGAAGGACAUCUCGGUGCCUCCGUCGUGGUGUCAGCGAGGCCAGAACCCAGGGGGCAGUUUUGGAUUUAAAUACGGCCUCACGACGUAUAAAAUCGUCCCCCCAAAGUCCGAGAGGAGGUGCUACGACAGAGGCGUGUCACUCUCCACGGGCGCCAUCAAGAUCGACGAGCUGGGGAACCUGGUGAGCCCCCACGUGAACGGGGGCAGGACCGUGGCGCUGCCCUCACCUGCUCUGGAGAAAGGCGCCCAGCCCCUGGGGGGCGUCCAAGCACUGCUCCGGCGGGCCGGCUCCCUGGAGAGGCGCUCUGGCCGGCCCCUGGGGAGCCCGGCCCGGGGACCCCCCACCCCCACGGCCCCGGCGGAGGCUCCACAUCAGGACGGCGGGGGCGGGGCAGAGCCCAGUCCCCCGGACCACACGGCACCGUCGCCCCCGCAGCCCCCCGCCCACCAGGGUGACGGCAGGCCGCUGCCCGAGGGGCCCAGCCGACCGCCCUCGACAGCCACCUGUCCCGUGAAGGUGCCAGCAGCUCACACCACCCAAGUCCCAUUCCUCAAGCCUCAGAGAAGGACGUCCAGUCAAUACGUGGCCUCGGCCAUCGCCAAGCGGAUGGGGACCCCGCGGGCCCACGCCGACUCGGCGAGGAGGCAUGACGACGCGGAGAAGACCCGGGGAGACGGGGGGCUGGAGCUGAGAGGGUGGCCUCGUGCCACGGAAGGGGACACCCCCCGUGGCCCGUGCCCAGAGCCCCACGGACGCGAAGGGGAGGCCAGGUCGCCCUGCAGCCACCAGCCCGACACCAACGGGGAAGCGUCGGCAGGGGGGCAGGUCGGCAGCCCCCCCGGGAAACCGUCCCCGCCGGACUGUGCGGCCGGAACCCGCGGAGGCGCCCGUGUCCCUCUCGUCACGGCGGCCCAGAGGGACCGGGAUUCUGCGGGACCGAGCCGUGGUCCCGGCGGAACGCAGGGCGCGGGCGUCCCCAGGACCGGCUCGGCGCCGGACCCCAGACGCACCCCGGACGGCCCCGAGCGCCCACUCUCCGGCUCCGGAGGCGCUCAGGCCCCCGGCGGGCCCCUGGUGAACGGCUCCGGGUGGGUGCCCAGCCACGGCGAGCCUCCCCACGCUCCCGGGACAGCUGGCCCGGACCGCCACGCCGCCCUCCAGCAGGGGGAGAGGCCCGACGUGCCGUGCACGGACAUCGAGGACCCCGACAGCACGCCGCCCCCCAGCAUCUUUGGGCCGAAGAAGAAGUUCAGGCCCGUGGUGCAGAGGCCGGCCCCCAAGGACACGUCGCUGCACAGCGCCCUCAUGGAGGCCAUCCACGCGGCGGGGGGCAAGGAGAGGCUGCGCAAGACGGUGGAGCCCGGCGCAGAGGGAGGGCCCAAAAAGCCGUCCUACGUGGAGGCGGAGAGCGAGCACUCGGCCCUGCUGGCCGCCAUCCGGGGCCACCGCGGCGCCUGCAGCCUGCGCAAGGUGGCGUCCUGUGCCUCUGAAGAGCUCCGGAGCUUCCGUGAGGCCGCGAGCUCCGCGAGCGGGUCGGAAGCCUCGAGGCUGGAGGACCUGGCCAGCCGGCCCCCGCCCACACUGCCGCCCCCACCUCCUCCAGCCGCCCCAGCUCCCCUGGCAUCCAGGACGGCGACCAGGUCCAGCUCCAGCCCCCUCAGCAGCCCCGGGGACGCCAGGCAGGCCUUGAUGGACGCCAUCCGCUCCGGCACAGGGGCGGCCAGGCUGAGAAAGGUGCCCUUGCUUGUGUGACCCGCCGGGAGGACGACGGGACCGCGGCAGGAACGCCCCCGCCGGACGCCCACCACCCCAGCCCCCGGACGCCACGCGGCCGGGGCACCAGGACGUGGCACCCUUCCUGCCUGCAGCCAGACCCCGCUGCUGGUUUCUGGUCCCGCCCACGGUUCGGGGGGAGGCGCCCGCGUGCUCGCUGCCCCGGCUGCGGGGCUCCUGUGCCAAGGAAACGUGUUAUUCUGCCUCUAUUUAAAGUUGCCAAUCAACGGUCCUCGCUGGCAGGCCGCUGGGGGCCGCUGAGACUGUGUCCACGUGCCGCCGAGGGGCCAGCCCCACCCAGGUCUUCGCGCUCGCACUCUGGGGGAAGACGGGGAUGGAAGGGCCGUGCACUGCGGCGCAGGGAAGCCUGAGGUCUUGUUCCUGCAGGGCCUCGGCCGGGAGCCUGGAGGGUGCAGGGGGGACAGCAGACCGGCCAUGGGGAUCUGACCCACUGAGGCUCCAGAAGCCGGCGGUGACCGCCCGGAAUGACACUCACACGGCGCAGAGAGAUGGGGGCGGGAGGGGGCGCUCUGAGCCCCGCCAAGGCAGCGCCGCUGAGACCCGCAGGGCCCUGCAGGGGGCGGUCGGCACCCCGCCUGACAGCCGUCCCCAGGGCUGGGGGGUGGGGGGCUGUGAAGCGGCAUGACCCUCCCCCUGGGGGGGCUGAGCGUGGAGCCCUGGGGGCCUUGCCCAUCCCCCACGGGGCCAGGGCCGGGGACGCUGGGUGUCGCCGCGGCAGGCCCAAGAUGGGCUGAGGUCUCAUGAUUUGAAAAAAAAAGGAAAAGGUGUCGACACGUCUGCCCAGCAGGCCAGGGUCCCCCCCGUACCGCGUGGCGGUCUCCUGGUCGGGCGGCCCGCAGUCACCGGUAUUGAUGAGGACAGAGGCCGCGGCGGGUUCUCACAGCGCCCCCCAAACAGAGCUCCGGAGACCUGGAAGGCAGCUCUCUCGGGGGGAAGCCCCCUUCCCAGCGAGGCCACCGGCGUGGUCAGACGCGGGGGACCUCCGGGACCAUCUCGGCAGCACGGGCGCUGGGCUCUGCGGUGCCUGACGGACGUCACUCACCCUUCCCGGGCGGGCGGCGGGGGCACCGGCCAAGGGCUCCCAGACCUCGCCGUCUCCACACGCGUGUCUUUUCGUGCCACAAAUAAAACACUCUGGAACGGUA